AUGGCUUCCACAAUUCGACUCAGUUAUUGUCAUCGUCAUCAUCAUCCCUCAUCAUUCACCGCUUUCUCUCCCGAAUUUGCCUUCAAAUCAUGGAAGAAUAAGAAGAACAAGAGUAGUAGUAUUAAAAAGGCUUCAUCUUUCCCACUCCAUUUCCCCCUUUCUUCUCCCCCCUUUUCAAGGCUCCGAAUCUCAGCCCGUUUCCGCCCCCACCGCCCCUACUCCUCCUCCAGCAACCGCCGCCAGAAUUACUUGAGGAAGAAGCUCACCCAACAACAACCACCACCGCCUCAGCAACAACAGCAGGUGAGUUCCGACACUUCCAUUCUCCACAAUAAUGAGUCCCAUUUGGAUGGUUUUAUUAUUCCUGAUAAAAGGUGGCAUCUUGACGAAGGUAAUGCUACUGGUGGUGGGGUCGGCCUUUCCCCUGAUAUGGAAACAAAACCAAAUGGGAAUUUGUUGUUUGAUAAGUUAGAGAGGUGGGUGGAAGAGCAGUAUAAGAAUUUGGAUAAUUUCGGUGAAAAGAGGAAAAAUCCUGAUGACGUGAUUGAAUGUGCACAAUCCUGUUCUACAGAAAUGAAGCAGGAUGGUAAUGCUGCUACUUCCAUAGGGAAAUUUGUUCUGCACGAUAUGAUUCAGGGAGUAAAUGUAAAACCAGUUCUGCAUUCCUCCAUAUUGUCCAGAUUUGGAAUGACCACUGCUUGUUGCAUAUUUCUAGUUCUGGCUGUCAAAAAAUUAUUAUUCUCUACAGCUGACGUGGAGACUAAGCAGCAGGAGUAUACCAGUUUUGAGAAAGAAAUGAUGAGAAGAAAGUUGAAAUCUAGAAUGGAGAGACAGAGGAAAAUUAAAGGUUCCGUGGAAGUCAUUCAGGAUAGUGCCCGGUCAGUUUCUACAUCGGUCGAGAAGCCCCAACUUGAUAGACAAGAACUGACCAAUAGCAUUUUGAGAGCUGGGGAAUCAUCAUUUAGCAGUCAGGGUGUGAUACCUGUGGAUCACCAGGAAACUGUGGAUAUCCAAGUAAUGGCGACGCAAUCUCGAGAAAUUGAAAAUGGGGAUUCUUUAGGGGACAGUAUUCACGCAGAAAGGAAUCACAAGCAUGGACAAAUUGCUGAGGUGCCUCAAAUGGAUAUUCAAGUUGGAAGUGAAGGAUUAACAAAUGAUUGUACUUAUAAAUUAAAGGUAGAGAAUGGUAUUAUUGUUGAUGAGGCUUCAACCAAAAAUGGCUGGACAGGAGGUAGUAAUUUUAUAGAGAUGAAAACCCAUGAUGAUGAGAUUGAAGGACUUGAAACGGACAUGGAAGAUAUUAAAUUGGAUGUGAAUGGAACUGAUUCAGUUGAAUUCGAUGAACAAUCUGAAGCUUUGAGAAAACAAAAUUACUAUGCCAUGCGGAAUGGAAGUUCUGUCAGAAAGAAAUUUAAGGUCAUUGGAUCUGUUAAAGAAGCUAGAGAAUACCUCUCCAAAAAUCGAACCAAUGAAGAACCAAUUGUUCUAAAUGCUGCAAGAACUGCUGAAGGACACAAGAAGAGCACCGAUAUGGGGCCUGGCUUGGGAUUAAAUGCCAGUGAGGUGGCAUUGGACCCUGACUCACUAUGCGGGUCUGAGAAUUCCUCUUCCAAUGUUGCAGAAUGUUCUUCAACAGUCAGUAUGCAUCCCAAAUCAAAUGCAUUUGAAGUAGAAGAAAAGGGGGAUCCUACUGAAUCAGCUGUUACGGAGCUGUCUAAAGAAGAACGCAUGAGCAAGGAUGUCACGAAAAGAAAAGGAGCAGUUGAUGUUCAAGAGGGUAGAAUAGACCUAGCUCCUUCACCUAUUAAUAGGGAGAACUGGAUUGAGAAAAAUUUCCAUGAGUUCGAGCCAAUUGUUAAAAAGAUGGGAGCUGGCUUUAGAGAUAAUUAUACAGUGGCCAGAACAAAAACAAAACAUGAUAUGAACUUACAGACAGAUCUGAGUCAAUUGAUGCCUGAAAAUGAUAAUGAACUUGAAUGGAUGAAAGAUGAAAGGCUGAGAGAAAUUGUCUUCAAAGUUCGAGACAAUGAAAUUUCUGGAAGAGAUCCAUUUUAUGAAAUGGCUGAACAAGACAAACUUGAAUUCUUUGCUGGACUUGAGAGAAAAGUUGAGCAAGCGAAUUCUAAGUUAUCGAAUCUGCAUGAAUGGCUUCAUUCAAACAUUGAAAACCUUGACUAUGGAGCAGAUGGCAUUAGCUUGUACGAUCCACCAGAAAAAGUUGUGCCUCGUUGGAAAGGGCCUCCUGUGGAAAAAAUUCCUGAUAUCUUAAAAAGUUCCACAUCUCAACCAGAAGGUCUUGAUGUCAGCCAACGCGUUGCAAAGGUAAACCUCAUGGAGCAAAGUUCGGACAAUUUAAGUGGUAGUAUCCAAAAUCUGUCUCUAAAAGAUCCUAGGAUUGCUAUAGAAGGGAGUGACGGCUCUGUCAGAGCUGGCAAAAAGUCGGGUAAAGAGUACUGGCAACACACGAAGAAAUGGUCCCAGGGUUUUCUAGAGUCUUACAAUGCAGAAUCUGACCCGGAAAUCAAAACCGUUAUGAAGGACAUGGGGAAGGAUCUGGAUAGGUGGAUAACUGAGAAAGAAAUAAAGGAAGCAGCUGAAUUGAUGGAUAAAUUGCCAGAGAGGGGGAGGCAGAUAAUUGAAGAAAAGCUGAAUAGGGUGAAAAGGGAAAUGGAGCUGUUUGGCCCUCAAGCUGUUGCAAGCAAGUACCGUGAAUAUGCCGAUGAGAAGGAAGAAGAUUACUUGUGGUGGCUGGAUCUGCCAUAUGUACUGUGUAUUGAACUUUAUACAGAGGAACAAGGGGAGGAGAAAGUAGGGUUCUAUUCUCUUGAGAUGGCUGCUGAUCUGGAACUAGAACCUAAGCCAUAUCAUGUGAUAGCUUUUGAGGAUGCUGGAGAUUGCAAAAACAUGUGUUACAUUAUACAGGCACACCUGGAAAUGCUCGGAAAAGGUCUCGCUUUUGUUGUUGCACAACCACCUAAGGAUGCAUUUCGCGAAGCUAAAGCGAAUGACUUUAGCGUAACAGUUAUUAGGAGGGGGGAGCUGCAGCUCAAUGUGGACCAAACCCUAGAGGAGGUGGAAGAAGUGAUUUCUGAAAUUGGGAGUAAGAUAUAUCACGAUGCAAUUAUGAAGGAACGAUCUGUGGAUAUUAAUGCCGUGAUGAAAGGAGUAUUUGGUCUCAAGAAGCCCAUGCGAAGGAGGAGGUCAAAGAGGACGUUAAAAAAGUGGGCAAAGUCUUGA